AUGGCAAUCGAUGUCCUCGCGAGUUCUCUGUCCCUCGGCGCUGGCAAGGCCGCUGUUGGCAUGCCGCAGUCCGACAGAUUCGAAGAGCUUGUGCUGGAGAUGAAGAAGGUUCUUGGUCCGUCGUCAGGAUUGACUUCGGAUGAUGUAGAUGUUGACACCUUGACCUCCUUGAUGAUUGAUUAUGAUAGCAACGCUAUGGAAUGGGGCAAAUACGCCUAUGGUGAUGUCAGUCGAGGGUACACUCGUAACCUCGUCGACGAGGGCAACGGCAAGAGCAAUCUGUUGGUGCUUGUGUGGUCUCCUGGCAAAGGUAGUCCAAUCCACGAUCAUGGCAAUGCUCAUUGCCUGAUGAAAGUCCUGUACGGUAAUUUGACCGAAACACGUUACGCCUUUCCCGAAGACGAUGCGGAAGAAAAGCCCAUGACAGUUAUUUCCGAAAAGACAUACAAAGAAAACGGCGUCACUUACAUGGCCGACGAGCUCGGUCUUCACCGCGUCUCCAACAGAGGUAGCGACUUUGCCGUCUCUCUACACCUGUAUACUCCUCCCAAUGUGGCCAAAGAAGGUUGCCACAUUUUUGACGAAAGGACGGGCAAGAGCAGUCAUGUUCCCGGGUGCCAUUAUUUUUCAGCGUACGGUCGCUUGUUGAAACAACAAGGAUGA